UGCCACUGAUGUCUUGUAUGGAUAACUGUGGAUUGGCUGGGGGUACAGUUUAGAAAGCUCAAGUCAAUCAUCCGUUCUGCCGACUGAUUGGUCAGUUCGUAUGUCUGACUGGAUGCUGGAACCAGUAAUUUUCUGUUAGGAUGAUCUUUUACGGAGAGUAGGACUGUUGCUUGUAAUGGAGUAAUAGUGAGGGAAAGUCACUAGCUAGAAUCUUCAAACUUCCAUCCAGCUGCAUGACAGGAUGUAAUGCUGGAGGAAAGAAGGAGGUUGGCUACACGGAAGUUAAUCAGCUCAUCUGCCUGGAGAGCUCUUGAUUGAAGAGAGAAAUCUGGCUGGAGAGCAAGGAGAGCUUUGGGUAUUCCUGGACGCUGCCUUCCUUGCACGGCAGAGCAAAGAUGGAAGAUGCUAACUCCGUGGGCCCUAAAGUAGUUGGAGGCUGUGAGGUUGGAAGCAGUGGGGAAUUCUGGGACAAACCCGAGCACAAGAUUCCAGGAGAGGAUACUGCCAGCUCAGAGGCCCAGCGCCAGCACUUCAGGCACUUCUGCUACCAGGAGACCAAGGGGCCCCGAGAGGUUUGCAGCCGACUCCACAGCCUUUGCUGUCAGUGGCUGAAGCCAGAAAAACACACAAAAGCUCAGAUGCUGGACCUGGUGAUCCUGGAGCAGUUCUUGAGCAUCCUGCCCCCGGAAAUGGAGAGCUGGGUCAGAGAGUGUGGAGCAGAGACCAGUUCCCAGGCAGUGGCCCUGGCAGAAGGUUUCCUCCUGAGCCAGGCAGAAGACCAGAGGCAGGAAGAACAGCAGGUGCAAGGACUGUUGUCGGAAGUGGCCCCUGACUUCCCUGAGGCCGAGAAGGCUCCAUCAGGCACCAGGCAGAGGCCUCUGUCCAAGGAGAUCCCCCAGGAGGGCAGCAGUGGGGCCACCUUGCUGGGUGCUGGAGUGACGUUGCCAGGGCCUUCUCAGCCCUCACUUCUGCCCGGUGGGAUGGAAGAUGCUUCAAGCCCACCGAAGAAGGGCCAGGUGAGCUUUGAGCAGGUGGCUGUGCAUUUCACGGAAGAGGAGUGUGCUCUGCUGGAUUUGGACCACAGAACCCUGUACAGGGAAGUCAUGCAGGAGAACAGGAGGAAUGUGGCCUCUCUGGCAGAAGACAGUGGGGAGAGGAACAAGGAGGGAAUUUGCAAAGGAGGAUUGUUGGUUGAUGUUGGCUGGAAAAAAAGAGGGAAACAGAGAAUGAACACUGAAGCAAAACAGAAGAACAGGAAAGGAUCUUCUGUUUCUCAUCAUGGAAAAAUGCAUGAACCAAGCUUUCAACCUCAAUGGGAAAUGCACAUAGGAGAGAAACCAUAUAAAUGCUUGGAGUGUGGAAAGAGUUUCAAUCAGAGCAGAACACUUACUAACCAUCAAAGGACCCAUACUGGAGAGAAACCACAUAAAUGCUUGGAGUGUGGAAAGAGCUUCAGUCGGAGCAGUACACUUGCUAUACAUCAAAGAAUCCAUACUGGAGAGAAACCAUAUAAAUGCUUGGAGUGCAGAAAGAGCUUCAGUCGGAGCAGUACACUUGCUAUAUAUCAAAGAAUCCACACUGGAGCGAAACCAUAUAAAUGCUUGGAGUGUGGAAAGAGGUUCAGUCAGAGCGAAAAACUUACUAGCCAUCAAAGAACCCAUACUGGAGCGAAACCAUAUAAAUGCUUGGAGUGUGGAAAGAGCUUCAGUCAAAGUGGAACACUUACUAGCCAUCAAAGGACCCAUACUGGAGAGAAACCAUAUAAAUGCUUGGAGUGUGGAAAGAGCUUCAGUCAAAGUGGAGAACUUACUGGACCUCAAAGAAUACACUCUGGAGAGAAACGAUAUAAAUGCUUUGAGUGUGGAAAGAGUUUCAGUCGAAGUCGGGGACUUACUAAACAUCAAAGAACACAUACUGGAGAGAAACCAUAUAAAUGCUUUGAGUGUGGGAAGAGCUUCAGUGAUAGUGGAAAACUUACUAGACAUCAAAGAACACAUACAGGGGAGAAACCAUAUAAAUGCUUCGAGUGUGGAAUGAGUUUCAGUAGAAGCGGAGAACUUACUAGACAUCAAAGAACACAUACAGGGAAGAAACCAUAUAAAUGCUUCGAGUUUGGAAAGAGUUUCAGUGGGAGCCGAGAACUUACUAUACAUCAAAGAACACAUACAGGGGAGAAACCAUAUAAAUGCUUGGAGUGUGGAAAGACCUUCGUUUGGAUCAGUACACUUGCUAUACAUCAAAGAAUCCAUACUGGAGAGAAACCAUAUAAAUGCUUUGAGUGUGGGAAGAGCUUCAGUCAAAGUGGAAUACUUACUAGACAUCAAAGAAUCCACUCUGGAGAGAAACCAUAUAAAUGCUUCGAGUGUGGAAAGAGUUUCAGACAAAGUGGAGAACUUACUGGACAUCAAAGUAUCCACUCUGGAGAGAAACCAUAUAAAUGCUUGGAGUGUGGAAAGAGUUUUAGUCGGAGUCGAGGACUUACUAAACAUCAAAGAACACAUACAGGGGAGAAACCAUAUAAAUGCUUGGAGUGUGGAAAGAGUUUUAGUCAGAGUCGAGGACUUACUAAACAUCAAAGAACACAUACAGGGGAGAAACCAUAUAAAUGCUUGGUGUGUGGAAAGAGCUUCGGUUGGAGCAGUAUACUUACUAUACAUCAAAGAACACAUACUGGAGAGAAACCAUAUAAAUGCUUUGAGUGUGGGAAGAGCUUCAGUGAUAGUGGACAACUUACUAGACAUCAAAGAACACAUACAGGGGAGAAACCAUAUAAAUGCUUUGAGUGUGGGAAGAGCUUCAGUGAUAGUGGAAAACUUACUAGACAUCAAAGAACACAUACAGGGAAGAAACCAUAUAAAUGCUUUGAGUGUGGGAAGAGCUUCAGUGAUAGUGGAAAACUUACUAGACAUCAAAGAACACAUACAGGGAAGAAACCAUAUAAAUGCUUUGAGUGUGGAAGGAGUUUCAGUGGGAGCCAAGAAUUUACUAUACAUCAAAGAACACAUACAGGGGAGAAACCACAUAAAUGCUUCGAGUGUGGGAAGAGCUUCAGUCAAAGUGGAAAACUUACUAGACAUCAAAGAAUCCACUCUGGAGAGAAACCAUAUAAAUGCUUUGAGUGUGGGAAGAGCUUCAGUCAAAGUGAAAAACUUACUAGACAUCAAAGAAUCCACUCUGGAGAGAAACCAUAGAAAUGCUUCGAGUGUGGGAAGAGCUUCAGUCUAAGUGGAAAACUUACUAGACAUCAAAGAAUCCACUCUGGAGAGAAACCAUAGAAAUGCUUCGAGUGUGGAAAGAGUUUCAGUGGGAGCGGAGAACUUAAUAGACAUCAAAGAACACAUACAGGGGAGAAACCAUAUAAAUGCUUGGAAUGUGGAAAGAGUUUCAGUGAGAGCAAAACACUUAUUAGCCAUCAAAGAACCCAUACUGGAGAGAAACCAUAUACAUGCUUGGAGUGUGGAAAGAGCUUCAGUCAGAGUGGAAAUCUAACUAUCCAUCAAAGAACCCAUACUGGAGAGAAACCAUAUAAAUGCUUGGAGUGUGGAAAGAGCUUCAGUGAGAGUGGAACACUUACUAAUCAUCAAAGAACCCAUACUGGAGAGAAACCAUAUAAAUGCUUGGAGUGUGGAAUGAGCUUCAGUCAGAGUGGAAAUCUUACUAGCCAUCAAAGAACCCAUACUGGAGAGAAACCAUAUAAAUGCUUGGAGUGUGGAAUGAGCUUCAGUGCCAACAGAAGCCUUACUGACCAUCAAAGAACCCAUACUGGAGAGAAACCAUAUAAAUGCUUGGAAUGUGGAAUGAGCUUUCUUGCCAACACAAACCUUACUAGGCAUCAAAAAGCCCAUACUGGAGAGAAACCAUAUAAAUGCUUGGAGUGUGGAAAGAGCUUCAGUGAGAGCGGAACACUUAAGAGUCAUCAAAGAGCCCACACUGGAGAGAAACCAUAUACAUGCUUGGAAUGUGGAAAGAGUUUCAGUCAGAGCGGACAUCUUACUAUGCAUCAAAGAGCCCACACUGGAGAGAAACCAUAUAAAUGCUUGGAGUGUGGAAAGAGCUUCAGUCAGAGUGUACAUCUUACUAGCCAUCAAAGAUCCCAUACUGGAGAAAAACCAUAUACAUGCUUGGAGUGUGGAAAGAACUUCAGUCAGAGUGGAAUGCUUACCAUCCAUCAAAGAGCCCACACUGGAGAGAAACCAUAUAAAUGCUUGAAUUGUGGAAUGAGCUUCAGUGAGAACAGAAAACUUACUAGCCAUCAAAGAGCCCACACUGGAGAGAAACCAUAUACAUGCUUGGAGUGUGGAAAGAACUUCAGUCAGAGUGGAACACUUACUAGGCAUCAAAAAAUCCAUACAGGGGAGAAACCAUAUAAAUGCUUGGACUGUGGAAAGAGCUUCAGUGAGAGCGGAAAUCUUACUAGGCAUCAAAGAACCCAUACUGGAGAGAAACCAUAUAAAUGCUUGACGCGUGGUUCACAUCAAAUAAUCCAUUCUGGUGAUUCAUGUUGAUUAAGGUAAAUAGUCGCAUUAAUUUCCUGUGGCAAAAACAGGAAAGGAUCCCAUAGACCUGAAAUAUGUACAUUUAUAUUUUGGUGUUAGCUUUUGUAUGAAAUAUCUUUAGGGACCUUGCUUUUAAAACAUAAUGCUUCAUUGCACAGUUAAUCUACUGCUCUGGAGAACUCCUAUGGCCUCCUUCUUUUCUGGAGUAGCACAGAGCAGAGUAGCUUUGUCCACUGACCUUUAUCCACACAUUAAGUUGGAUGAUGUUUUUUAGAUCUACAGUUCAAUAUAAAUGCAAAGGGAUGCACAUUGGGACAACCCCACUCCCAACAACAUCAACAACAAAAACACUUCUGAUAUACACUGAUGGGGUCUGAGCUGUCCGUGACUGAUCAGGAAAGGAAUCUUGGGGUUGUGGCAGACAUCUCGUUGAAAGUGUCCACUUGGUGUGCGGAACUGUGAAAAAGGCAUAUAUCAUGUUGGGGAUCAUUAGGAAAGGGUUAAAAAAAACUCUAGACACUAUAAUCUCUAGGUUGCUGUGAUCAAAGCAGAAUAAUGGGUUCCUAAUAUCUAUGGAAAUGGGAAACCGAAAGGACCAAUGAGAAUCUUAGGUGCGUUCCUACUUUGCCUCAUUCCUCUCUCUGUCUUCUCUUGGAGCUCUUUCCCAAGAUGCUUUUCCUCUUAGGAAGUCCUUCCCUUCCCUUCCCUUCCCUUCCCUUCCCUUCCCUACCCUACACAGAUAAUUGCAAGGGAAGGAAGCAGCUCUGCUGGGUGGGGCCCUGGCGGUUUGUCUCUGCUCCUCCCCACUCCAGGUGAUUAGCUGAUAAGAGCUGAUCCUGCCAGGGGUGCCCGCCUCUUGGCACCAGCCUAUGAGCGAGAGCAGAAGGGCUCUCGUCCUUGUGGUUCUCCACCUUGGGGUGCGCAGACUGAGGCCCAACCAGCAGGAAGAUCAUUGCUCAUUUGGACUGUCCCUGCAUGUUUGACAACAUGGGUUAAGGCAGAGCAUUCAGAGACAGUUAGCAGGAGCCGCUUGGUAUGCAGGCGGCAGCAGCAGCCGCCUGGUGUAACAAGAAGAGGACUUUGGAAGGACUUUUGGAGGAAGUAGAAGGAAUUGGAAGGACUUUAAGACCAGCCACGCAGAGUAGCUUGUUCCUUUGGGUUGGCUACUUUGUGUGGUCAGGAUUGCCGUUAGUGGCUUGUUGGAGGUUUGUGGGUCCAUUCCCUUUGGGUUGUCUGUGGGGGUGUCUAUGAUCGCUUCCAGAUGAGGAGAGGGCAGAGUGAGGAUUGGUGAGAGGGGGGCUUGCUCUAGGCUUGCCUCAUCUAGGAAGCCUUAUUUCAGUUACCUCCCCCUCCUUCAACUCAGAGGCUGGUAUUUGGGUGGGCUGUCAGAGUGCUCUGCUAGGCCGAGGACUGGUGUGAGCAUUCCUAGGGGAGAGCUGGCUGUAUGGCUGUGGGUUGUUCUUGCAUGAUCAAGGGAGUUUGGGCUUGGUGCCGAGGACACAUAGGAGCUGGGCUAGUUGGGUGAGGAAUGCAUCUGGGAGAGUGUCUGGGGGUGUUGAUUUCUCAGGUAGUGGGCAGAGGGAGAAAUGGAAGUGGGAGUUGGGCAGGCCAUUACAGGGGCAAAUGGUCCCGACAGCUCAGGUCUGUUCCUUUUUCCGAGUCAUCUCUCAGUCCUGCAGCCCCAGCGAGCUCUGGAAACCUUCCCUCUAGGAUUAGGGGGCUGCUCCUGAAUGCCAAGUCAGUCAAUGGUAAAACGUCUCUCAUCCAUGAUUUGAGUGUGGAUGAGCAUGCUGACCUGGUAUGUAUGAUGGAGACCUGGUUGGAUAUGGCCAGGUUGGAUGAACUGGGUGGUGUUGGUCUCUCUCAGCUUUGUCCUGCAGGCUUCCUCUGGGUUGGGGAGGGAGUGUGGCAGCCCUCUGUCAUUAGACCUUUCCCCCUUACCAGGUGCCUGGUUAGGUAAUCUCCUGAUUUCAAGUAUUUCUCUUUGAGGGUGGGCCUCCGAGAUAGGCUGGAGAUUCUGAUGGUGUACUGACUACCCUGCUGCACUUCAGUCUCCCUACCUGACCUCCUAAACGCCCUCUCCAGCUUGGUGAAGCCUGUUCUGUUCCUUCGUUUUCUGAGGAGCUUAGGGCAAUGAAAGAAUUCGGAUGACAAUUUGGACAAUGCUGGAGGAAGACUUGUGGCGUAUCUAACCAAACAUGGGCUAGAACCCAUUUCUGGGACUACUCUGUGGCAGUGGGGGCAGUGAAGAAAUGGUUUUUUUCUCCGCAUCCAUUUCAUCUGCUCAGUGCAGGCUAGUGUAGCACAUUCAUGUAGCAAAGUUGUUGCUUCACACAUCCCCCUGUGUAAUGAGGGAGGAACCAUCUAUAGCCCACUGCGAGCAGUUUGCAUGCCACUUUGCAGAUAAAAUCGCUCGCAUCUGUGCUGAUUUGGACUCCAGGGUUGAGUAGUUUCAGCAGAUGGGCUCCGGGUUCUUUUUAGUUGGUACAGCCUGAGGAUGUGGACAAGAGCCUGGGCAGUGUGUGAGCAACAUCAUGUGCUCUAGACCCUUGUCCUCCAUGGCUAACAAGAUCAGCUAGGGAAGAUAUGGGCAGGUGGUUGGAGGUUAUAAUCAAUGCUUUGUUAAGAGAGGGGAAGAUGCCAUUGUGACUCAAGGAGCUGGUGCUGAAACCACUAAUAAAAAAGCCCUCCCUUGAUUCUUCCAACCUGCUGAAUUACAGACCUGUUUCUCACCUCCCCUUUUUGGGCAAGGUGAUAGAGUGUGUGGUGGGCUCUCAGCUGCAGAGGGUCCUGGAUGACACUGAUUAUCUGGAUCCCUUUCAGUCUGGCUUCUGUCAUGGAUAUGGGCCUGAAACUGCCUUGGUUGUCCUAGUGGAUGACCUGUACCGGGAGCUUGAAAGGAGGAGUGCGUCUCUGCUGUUUCUGCUGGACCUUUCAGCAGUGUUGAUACCAUCAACCAUGGUAUCCUUCUGGACCGCCUCAGGAGUAUGGAGUUUGGAGGCACUGCUGUAGAGUGGCUUCAGUCCUUUUUUGGGGAGAGGGUCCUGAAGGUGGUGCUGGGAGACUUGGCUCCUUGGCCAUUGGCUUGUGGGGUCCCGCAGGGUUCAGUCUUGUCCUCCGUGCUGUUCAACAUCCACAUGAAAAUCCUGGGAGAGAUCAUCUGGGGACUUGGACUGCAAGAGCCUCUCCAUCUCUUACAACUUUUAAAAGGGCAGUCAAGAAACAUUUGUUCACCCAGGCUUUUAAUUAGAUAUGUUUUAAUUGUGUUUUAAUAGUUUUAACUUUUUAAAUUUUAAUUGUGGAAAUAUGAAUCUUUUUUAUUGGUAGUUUUUAUUGUUUUAUAAACCGCCCAGAGAACUUGCAUUUUGGGCGGUAUAAAAAUAUGCUAAAUAAAUAAAUUGUCAGCAAUAUGUCACAGAGGACAGGUCUAUCAAUGGCUACUAAACUGGUGACUAUAGGUGACCUCCACCCUUAGAGGAAAGACGCCAUGAAUACCAGUUGCAGGGGAAUAAGAGCAAGAGAGAGGGCAUGCCCUCAGCUCUUGCCUGUGGGCUUCCCAGAGGCAUCCCCUGCUAACUUGGCAAAGAGACACCUUUUAAUGUGAUUCUCUUUAUUUAGCAAGGGGAGAGUAACUGGCCCUAUCCACCCCCAGCACAGUACCUCCAGUGGCUGUUGCUGGUGUCUAUCUGAUGUUUCUUUUUAGAUUGUGAGCCCUUUGGGGACAGGGAUCCAUCUUAUUUAUUUAUUAUUUUUCUGUGUAAACCGCCCUGAGCCAUUUUUGGAAGGGUGGUAUAGAAACCGAAUAAAUAAAUAAAUAAAUAAUAUGGUGGGCCACUCUGUGAAACAGAAUGCUGCACUAAAUAGGCCUUGGGCCUCAUGCAGUGGGACUGUUCUUAUGACACUCAGCUCUUUCUUUCAUCACCUGAUCCUAGGGAGGCCGCGGAUGACCUGAAUUGGGGUUUGGACGCUGUGAUGGGCUAGUAAACUGAUGGGUGUGGGCUAGUAAACUGAGAAUGAAUCCAGACAAGACAGGUGCUCUUGGUCAGUAGGAGAGCCAAUCGGGAUGAGGGGAUUCUGCUGGUUCUGGAUGAGGUUGCACUCCCCUUGAAGGAGCAAGUACGCAGCUUGUGGGUAUUGCUGGACCCAACUCUGUUUUUGGAUUCUUAUAUGGAGGUGGACUUUCUUUCCUGAGAAGGCAGAUCUGGCCAUAGUUACCCACGCCCUCGUCACAUCAGGGCUAGAUUACGGUAACAUACUUUAUGUGGGGCUGCCCUUGAAGAAUAUUUGGAAGCUGUAACUAGUCCAAAAUGCAGCGGCUAUAUCUUUAUCCUGAGCUGCCUGUUGGGAUCAUAUGACAUCCAUUCUGAAAGAGCUGCACUGGCUAUCAGUUUGUUUCUGGGUCCCAUUCAAGGUGCUGGUUUUGACCUUUAAAGCCAUUAAUGUUUUGGGCCCUGGAUAUUUGAAGGACCGUCUGCUCCCAAGGGUUUCUGCCUACUUGAGAGAAUCAUCGGAGGAGGCUCUGCUCCGAGUGCUGACAGUGAGAAAGGCUCAGCUGUCGAGCACACAGGACCCGGCCUUCUCAGUCACUGCCCCCAGGCUUUCGAAUGUUCUCUGGGCUGGCAUCCGCUCCUUGGCCUCCAUGACAGUUUUUAGGAAACAGGUAAAAACGUGGCUCUUCACCCAGGCUUUUAAAUGAAAGUAUUGCUAUUUUACUGUUGCUGCUUUGUGUUUUGUGUAUUACCGUAUUGUAUACGUUUUCAAACUUUUAAAUAGAGAUGAUAUUUUUAUAUUUAAUAUCUGUACUUUUGUAUUUUAAAUUGCUCAUUGUUUUAAUUAAUUUUUAAUGAAAAGCAGUAUAGAAAUAGAACAAUAAACAAAUCUUAUUAGAA